AUGCGCAGGGCGCUGCCGCCGCCCCACCGCUCCCGCCGCUCUGAGGAGGUGCCCGGAGGACAGCGGCUCCCACCGCCCCCCCCCUCCCCCUUAAGGGCACCCCCCGCCCCGGUACCCACCCCGCCCGGCUCCCCCCCUUCCCUCCCAGCCUCACCCCACCCUGCCCCAUUCCCCUCCCUCCGCCAGAUGACCACCGAGAGCGGGCAGCAGCGGCUGGAGCCCCCCGUCCCUCUCCGCUCCUGCAGCCCGGCUCCCGGAGCUCUCCAGAUGAGCCGGCCGCCCUCCUCCGCCCUGGAGACCUCCACCUCCUCUUCCUCCACCUCCACCUCCUCCUCCUCCUCCUCGGCGGCGGCGGCGUCCUCCAAGAGCAAGAAGGCCAGCUCGGGGCUGCGGCGGCCCGAGAAGCCCCCCUACUCCUACAUCGCCCUCAUCGUCAUGGCCAUCCAGAGCUCGCCCUCCAAGCGCCUAACCCUCAGCGAGAUCUACCAGUUCCUGCAGGCCCGCUUCCCCUUUUUCCGCGGCUCCUACCAGGGCUGGAAGAACUCCGUGCGCCACAACCUCUCCCUCAACGAGUGCUUCAUCAAGCUGCCCAAGGGCCUGGGCCGCCCGGGCAAGGGCCACUACUGGACCAUCGACCCGGCCAGCGAGUUCAUGUUCGAGGAGGGCUCCUUCCGACGGCGGCCCCGCGGCUUCAGGAGGAAAUGCCAGGCGCUGAAGCCCAUGUACCGCAUGAUGAACGGGCUGGGCUUCGGCGCCUCCAUCCUCCCGCAGGGCUUCGACUUCCAGGCGCCCCCCGCCUCCCUCGCCUGCCACUCCAACGGCUACAACCUGGACAUGAUGCCCAACGCCAUGGCCGGCGGCUACGAGGGGCUCGGCGGCGGCCACCACGUCCCGCACAUGUCUCCCAACCCCGGCUCGACCUACAUGGCCAGCUGCCCGGUGACUGCCAACGGGGACUACGGCCCCGACAGCAGCAGCAGCCCCGUGCCCUCGUCGCCGGCCAUGGCGAGCGCCAUCGAGUGCCACUCGCCCUACACGAGCCCUUCGGCUCACUGGACAGCCUCGGGGGCCUCGCCCUACAUAAAGCAGCAGGGCCUCCCCGCCGCCAACGCCGCCUCCUCCGGCAUCCACUCCAGCGUGCCCUCCUACUCCCUGGAGCAGGGAUACCUGCACCAGAGCCCCCGCGACGACCUCUCAGUGGGACUGCCUCGCUACCAGCAUCAUCCCUCCCCGGUGUGUGACAGGAAGGAUUUUGUCCUCAAUUUUAAUGGCAUUUCUUCGUUUCACCCUUCCGCUAGUGGAUCUUACUACCACCAUCACCACCACCAAAGCGUCUGUCAAGACAUCAAGCCCUGCGUGAUGUGAAGACAGCGCCCAACAGGGACAAUCAGGUGUCACUGAACAGAGCCGAGGUGUAGACGGACCCACGCAGAAUAAAUAGAAUGUGCACUCUGAUAGCAUUGAUAGUACACGAGUCACUUAGCAGAUUUGCCUGAGGAAGCAGUGUUUUCGGUCCCACUCCACCCCCUGAAGGACACGUACAUCCGAUAUAAUUCUCCAAAGGUCUUAUUAAAAGAAAAAUGCCUUCCUUGAUGUUUUGGGUUAGGGGGAACGUAAGUGUCCUUGUGCCAAGUCCUACCAUCUUAAUCAUAAACCGCCUUUCUGCAAUCUCCCAAAGAACAGAGCUUUGGGAAAGGGAACAAUUCGACACAUUUUUAUACGAGAAAGUGUCUUUGUAUAAGAAAAAUAAACGUCUCCGCACCUGCGAGGACUCCCCCUUCUGUUACCGCAUUAGUGGGAAAUGUACUUUUUUGUUGUGUUCUCUCCCC